CCGGAGAGGAUCUUUUCCCCCAAAAUUACUCUGACCUGUGUGUAUAGAAUCUCACACUUCAUGGAAUUGUAUCACAACCCACCUUGUCAAAGUAAGUAAUAUACAGAAUACACUAACUUGCCAAAAGUAUUGUCCCAGCCCUCCAAAUCAUUGGAUUUGGGUGUUCCAAUCCCCUCCAUGGACACAGGUGUAUACAAUCAAGCCCCUAGGCAUGCAGACGGCUUCUACAAACAUUGGUGAAAUAAUGGGUCGCUCUCAGGAGCUCAGUGACUCCAAGCGUGGUCCCGUGAUAGGUGGCCACCUGGGCAAUAAGUCCAUCCGUGACAUUUCCUGGCUACUAAAUAUUCCACGCUCAACUGUUAGUGGGAUU